ACAUGGCUAAAGUUACCAGGAAACCAGUGAAGCGUAGAAGAGUUAUGGAACAAUCAAUACCAAAGACAAAACAACUCAGGAGAAAUGCAAAAGGGAAGAAGAGGAAGAAUCCUUACAAAUCCAUGCCCAGAAAUGAGAACAAGGUGAAGGAAAUACAGAGGCAAAUAAAGAGACUGCUUCAUGAAAGGUCACGAAAAAAAUCAUUUAGAACUAGUACAGCAAUUCCAGGAAAGGUGAAGAGAGUGAAAAAGGCCAAGAAGUUUCGACCAUUGGCAAAGCUCAAAUAGAAGCUUACACCAAGGUGCUCCUGCUAUGCCUAAGACACUCUGAAAACUAACACUCUUGCAAGAUACAGCACCAUUGUGAAACCUAUAUAAUGGUAGUAAAAGUAAA